AUGACAGGAGGAGCUAAGGAGGCUUCAGGGAAAGAAACUAAUACUGAAAAGACGGCAAAUGCACAAGAAGGAGAAAAACCUUUAUCUAAUAAAGAGUUGAAGGAACUGAAAAAGAAGGAGAAGGCUGCAAAGAGAGCAGCCAGUAAGCAAGCUAGUGGUAUCUCUAUUGAAAAACAGCAGCAGCAAGCUGCUGCUAAGCGUGAAAAGAAGCAGCAACAAAGAGAUCUCUUAGCUGCAAAAAAGAAUAAAGCAGCCGACCCGGUCAAACAUGAUACCAAGAAGUCGACUCUAUUUGGUCAUCUAGAGACUGCUGAAGAAAGAAGAGCUUCUUUACUUGCAGUUUCGAGUGCUAUCACUUCUACAGGUACCUCAAGGAUUACUGCUAAUGGGUUAGUAUUGCCUUUACUUGCUACUACACCCGCGGUUGCGGUUUCCCAACCAAUGUCUGCAUCUCCUUUGAGUUCAAACCUUUCUGGAAGCAAUACUAAUUUGGCAGGUUUGGCUCAUUCAGAAGAUUUUGAAGCCCAUCAAAUGCUAAAUUCCUUGUCCCUUGAUGAAUCGUCUUCAUUUGUCCCAGGAAUAUCAUCCGUCAUUCCAAAUACCAUGACUUCACAAUUUACAAAUCAACAAUCGAUUGCCUCUGUAAAAGAAUUGAUUGCCAAUCGCGAAAUGUUACAUCCCGCUAUCACCUCUCUGACUUUGGAUUAUGCAUUCUAUAAAAUUAUAGGUUCCAUUCCUCGUUGUAUUGCCAUGUUAGAGGCAUUCCAACUGGUUGUCAGAGACUACAAGACUCCAGAAGGUACUACUCUUUCACGUAAUUUGACAAGUUACCUGUCCCAUCAAAUUGAUUUCUUGAAGAAGUCAAGACCAUUGAGUGUAACCAUGGGUAAUGCCAUUAGAUGGUUGAAGCAAGAAAUCUCUCUAAUCGAUCCUUCAACACCGGAUUCAAAGGCCAAAAAAGAACUUUGUGAUAAGAUUGCACAGUUCGCUAGAGAAAGAGUGCAGUUGGCUGAUCAACUUAUCAUUGAAACAGCUUCACAACAUAUUGAAGAAGGCAGCACUAUAUUGACCUAUGGCUGUUCCAAGGUUUUAACUGAUUUAUUCCUACACAACGCCAUAAAUUUCGGUAAGAACUUCCAAAUUGUUAUAGUGGACAGUAGACCUUUGUUUGAGGGUCGUAAAAUGGCAGAAUCUUUGAGAAAUCAAGGUCUUAAUGUUUUGUAUGUUCCCAUUACAGCAUUGGGUACCGUAUUCAAUAUGGAUAUCAAAUAUGUGUUUUUGGGAGCGCAUUCGAUUCUUUCAAAUGGUUUCCUAUAUUCAAGAGUCGGUACUGCUCAGAUCGCUAUGUUGGCAAGCAGAAGAAAUAUUCCUGUACUUGUAUGCUGUGAGUCUUUAAAGUUCUCUCAAAGGGUACAGCUUGAUAGUGUCACAUCUAAUGAACUUGCUGAUCCAAACGAUUUGGUAACCAUUGACUCUGCUAAUCCUGUACAGAGACGUAACAACAAUGGGUUCUUAUUACAGCAAUUUAUCAAAGAGCGUGAAGCGCAGCAGAAGGAAGUCGAGAAUAGCUCUAAGCAAAAUAAUAAAUCUGGCAGUGCUAAUACCAAUAAUGCUACUGCCGACGAAGGUAAGAAUGUCAAGGAUAAACCAAUACUAGCAGAGUGGGAGAAAUCACCUAAUUUGCACAUCUUCAAUAUAAUGUACGAUUUAACACCCCCUGACUACAUCAAGAAGAUCAUUACAGAAUUUGGUUCGUUGCCACCAUCUUCUGUUCCCGUGGUUCUUAGAGAAUACAAAGCAUCAGCUUGA